AGUGAGGGUAUAAACAUAAAGCUUCUUUUGUGCAAAGAUAGCCACUUUGUUUGUCUAUCUCUCACUUUCAAUACAUGAAAUGCUUCUCACCACUCCACCAAAUGAUCCCAUCAAUCAUCCCUUUUAUUAUAUAUUUCUUCACUACUUCUCCAUCUUCUCAACUACAACCAAAAUAACCAUUUCCCUCUCCCUCUAUAGCAAAAAUACCAAAUUUAAUACACUUUGUUAAAGUUCACUAUGACUAUUCAGAAAGUUAUCACUCUUGUGUUUUUUCUUACCUUGUCCAGCUUUUGUCAAGGUACAAUAAAUGAUCAAUCUCAGUUCUUUGUUGUAAUGAAGAAGUCUCUCACAGGGAAUUCUUUGUCUAAUUGGGAUAGUGAAAAACCUCUUUGUCAAUAUAAAGGAGUUGGCUGUGAUAAUCAAGGGAAUAUUACAAAAAUUGAUGUUUCAGGUUGGUCUUUAUCAGGCCAAUUUCCUAAUGAUGUGUGCACUUAUUUACCAAGAUUACAAAUUGUCCAUCUUAGUCACAACAAUUUCCAAGGUGGUUUUCCUAAAAGCAUCACUAAUUGUUCUUUUUUGGAAGAGUUGAAUAUGAGUGCAACAUCACUUACAGGUCAAAUUCCAGACUUGUCACCUUUGCAAUCCCUGAAAUUACUUGAUCUUUCCAAUAAUCAAUUAACAGGUGAUUUUCCUUUGUCAAUUACCAACCUCACCAACUUAGUCCUCCUCAACAUGAACGAAAAUCGCCAUUUCAAUCCAUGGCAGUUACCACAGGAUAUUUCCAGGCUUACAAAACUCAAGUGGAUGAUCUUAACAGCCUGCAAAUUGCAUGGACCAAUUCCAGUGUCCAUAGGAAACAUGACAUCUCUUAUUGAUCUUGAAUUAAGCGGAAAUCGCCUAGUUGGUAAGAUACCAAGAGAGUUAGGGCAGCUAAAGAAUUUGAAACUCCUUGAACUUUAUUACAACCAACUCGAAGGUCAAAUACCCGAGGAGCUAGGAAAUUUAACUCAGCUUAUAGACUUGGAUAUGUCUGUUAACAAUUUAACAGGCAAAGUACCCGAGUCUAUAAGCCGCCUUCCUAAGCUAGAAGUUUUGCAGCUUUACCAUAAUUCUCUUUCAGGAGAAUUUCCAGCAGCACUUGCGAAUUCAACAACCUUAAACAUCCUGUCCCUUUAUGACAACCUCUUCACAGGAGAAGUCCCACAAAACUUUGGUCUUUCAUCAGCUUUGUUAGCAUUGGACUUGUCUGAAAAUCAAUUUUCAGGAAAGUUACCACCUUUUCUGUGUAAUGGAGGUAAACUGAAUUAUAUUCUUUUACUCCAAAACAUGUUCUCAGGUGAACUGCCAGAAGGGUAUGCGAAAUGUGAGUCUGUUGUUCGCUUUCGAGUGAAUUACAAUCUGUUGGAGGGAAGAAUACCAGAAGAACUUUUUACUCUUCCUCAUGUUUCAAUUGUUGAUGUGAGUUAUAACCAUUUUAGUGGUCCAAUUCCUAAAACAAUAGGAAGUGCUAAGAAUUUAUCUGAACUUUUCAUGCAAAGUAACAGGUUUUCAGGUUUGCUUCCUUUUGAAAUAUCUGGAGCUAUUAAUCUUGUGAAGCUUGAUCUUAGCAAUAAUCUCUUGUAUGGUCCAAUUCCUUCUGGUAUUGGUGACUUAAAAAGCCUCAAUUUGUUACUUUUACAAGGUAACAAAUUCAAUUCUUCUAUUCCUGAGUCACUUUCUUCACUUAAAUCUUUGAACUAUCUUGAUCUUUCAAGUAAUCUUUUGAUGGGGAGUAUUCCUGAAAGCCUAGGUGAAUUGUUACCAAAUUCAAUGAAUUUGUCAAACAAUUUACUUUCUGGUCCUAUACCUCUCUUGUUUAUAAAAGGAGGUGUUUUGGAAAGUUUUUCAGGGAAUCCGGGACUUUGUGUACCGGCCUCUCUGAAUUCAUCAGACAUGAAUUUUCAAACAUGUUCACAUAGUUAUAACCAUAAGAAGACGUACAACAUUGUUUGGAUUAUUGGUGCAUCAGUGGGAAUUGUUAUUGUUGGAGUUAUCUUGUUUCUCAAACGAUGGUUUGGUAACAAAAAAACGGAGACUGAACAUGAUGAUCAUUCGAUGUCAUCAUCAUUUUUUUCCUACGAUGUUAAGAGUUUCCAUCGAUUAAGCUUUGAUCAACGUGAGAUUUUUGAAGCUAUGGUUGAGAAAAACAUUGUUGGAUAUGGAGGAUCAGGAGCUGUGUAUAAGAUUGAGUUAAGUAAUGGAGGAGUUGUUGCUGCAAAGAAGCUGUGGAGUCACAAACAUAAGCAUUCUGUUUCUGAUGAUCAAUUGGUUUUGGACAAAGAACUUAAGACAGAAGUUGAGACUCUUGGUAAUAUAAGGCACAAGAACAUUGUGAAGUUAUACUGCUAUUUCUCAAGUUUGGACUGCAGUUUGUUGGUUUAUGAAUACAUGCCUAAUGGAAAUCUUUGGCAUGCUCUUCACGGGGGGAAAUUCGUAUUAGAUUGGCCUAUUCGACAUCAGAUUGCACUCGGUGUAGCACAGGGUUUAGCCUAUCUUCAUCAUGAUCUUAUGCCACCAAUUAUUCACAGAGAUAUCAAAUCUACCAACAUUCUCCUUGACAUUGAUUACCAGCCCAAAGUUGCUGAUUUUGGCAUAGCCAAAGUUUUGCAAGCCAGAGGAGGGAAAGAUUCUAGUACCACAGUUAUUGCUGGAACUUAUGGUUACUUAGCUCCAGAAUAUGCAUAUUCUUCAAAGGCAACUACAAAGUGUGAUGUUUAUAGUUUUGGAGUUGUUCUAAUGGAGCUGAUCACUGGAAAAAAGCCGGUGGAAUCCGAAUUUGGAGAGAACAAGAACAUUGUUUAUUGGGUUUCAACAAAAGUGGAAACUAAAGAAGGAGCAUUUGAAGUCUUAGAUAAAAAUGUCUCAGAUUCAUUCAAGGAAGACAUGAUUAAGGUACUUCGUAUAGCUAUACGUUGUACGUAUAGUACACCGGCUCUACGCCCGACUAUGAAUGAAGUUGUUCAGCUCCUAAUUGAGGCAGAUCCAUGCAAAUUCAAUUGUUGCAACAUGUCAAAUAAAAAGAAGAGUGACACAGAACAAGUUAUCAAUAAGCCAAAGAGCAUAUAUGAUUUGUAAUUUUAGUAUUUUAGAUUGGUAUAAGGUAUAUAGAAUCUAACUGUAUGGUCUUAAAAACUUUGAGAUUCAUUACCUAAGAGAAUCAGUCUCAAUGUUUUUUUUUAAAAAAAAAAUAAAUGGUAUAGUAUAAUAUAGAUUCUCUUUAUCUUUUA